AUGGCGAGCUCGGCUUCCCUGGAGACCAUGGUGCCCCCGGCCUGUCCCCGAGCCGGAGCGUCCCCGGCCACUUCCAAGACGCUGGCCUUCUCCAUCGAGCGCAUCAUGGCGAAGACGUCGGAGCCGCGUGCGCCCUUUGAGCCCCGGCCGGGGGCACUGGAGGCAGACAGCGGCCAGGGCAAGAAAUUGCUCAACCUCUGCUCGCCGCUGCCCUGCAUGAUCCCCCUCCAGCCCCUGGGCUACGACCUGCCGUCCAAGACGCUGCUCAGUUACUCGGAGCUCUGGAAAAGCAGCCUCCGGGCGGGGGGCGGCGGCGGGGGCGGGGGGGCUUCGGUGUGCGGCGCCAGCGGCUUGUGCAAAACCAACUGUGGCGUGUGCUGCAAAGCCGAGCUGGGCCUGGCGCCGGCCGCGCUGCCCGCGGGCAGGGUCAUCAAGCCGCAGGUCAUCAACCACGCGGUGGGGCUGCCGGCCAGCGGCUCGCUCUACUACUUCAACUACCUGGACUCGGCCGCGUACCCGCCAUCUGAGCUUCUCGGCGGCCACCUCUUCCCAUCCGGCCUCCUCAACGCGGCGCAGGCCCCCGCCGCCCUGGCCGCGCACCCCAAGCUCUUUCUGCUGGAGAACGCCAAGUUGGCCGGCCUGGCCGCGGACAAGUUCCCCCAUCCGGCCCCCUACGCCCACAAGGAGCGCUUGCCCGCGCCGCUGGAGCAGGUGCUGAAAGAGAACUCGGCCCUGACCGCCGAGCGCGGCGGCGUCAAGGGCCACAGCAAGCUGCCCGGUGCCUCCGCGGACGGCAAGCCGAAAAACUUCACCUGCGAGGUGUGCGGCAAGGUGUUUAACGCUCACUAUAACCUCACCCGCCACAUGCCGGUCCACACCGGAGCCAGACCGUUCGUGUGCAAAGUCUGCGGCAAAGGCUUCCGCCAGGCCAGCACGCUGUGCAGACACAAAAUUAUCCACACCCAGGAAAAGCCUCAUAAAUGCAACCAGUGCGGCAAAGCUUUCAACCGCAGCUCCACGCUCAACACGCACAUCCGCAUCCACGCGGGCUACAAGCCCUUCGUCUGCGAGUUCUGCGGCAAAGGCUUUCACCAGAAAGGGAACUACAAGAACCACAAGCUGACCCACAGCGGCGAGAAGCAGUACAAGUGCACCAUCUGCAACAAGGCCUUCCACCAGGUCUACAACCUGACCUUCCACAUGCACACCCACAACGACAAGAAGCCCUUCACCUGCGCCACCUGCGGCAAAGGGUUCUGCAGGAACUUUGACUUAAAGAAACACGUGCGCAAACUCCACGACAGCGCGGGCCCUGCCACCCCGUCCACGAAGGACCUGGCUCGGACAGUGCAGAGCUGAGAGCGACGGCCUCGCCCUCCCUUCCGGCCCUCUCCAGCCCCCAAGCAGCUCACACCUAUAAACUCGUGUCUAAAACUGAGAGGGAAAGAGACUAUA